CAGCUCUGCGCAGAACCGACUCGCUGUAUAAAAGGCGCUGCGCUUCCACAGACCAGACUACAACAACAAGGAGACAAGGAGCGCGUCAAGGCACUGCGGCUCCAUCAAACCAAAAACUAAACCACACAAAACCCAUAGCACAGAUAGACGCAGACAUGCAGGCCACGAAGAACGGAAUCAGUUGGAGACUUUUUCUAUUUUCCUGCCUGUUUUUGGAGAGUUCCUCUCAAGACUUUGGCGCACAGACGCAGUUCAUUUGCACGUCCGUGCCAAAGGAUAUGGACAUUUGCGCAGCCACUUUGCAGAACAGCGUGCCGGGGGAGGACUUGAAGACCACCGUCUUGCAGCUGCGGGAGACGGUUUUGCAGCAGAAAGAGACGAUCAUGAACCAGAAGGAGACCAUCAGGGAGCUGACCUCGAAGUUGGCUCGAUGCGAGAGCCAGAGCGGCGCAGAGCCCGGGGACGCGCGGCCCGGGGGUCGGAGAAAAGAGGUUGGGACCAAGAACACCAUGGGGGAUGUAUCCAGAGGACCCCAGGACACUUUGACGCAACUAUCACAGACUUUACAGUCACUGAAGCAGAGAUUAGAAAACCUGGAGCAAUUCAGCAGAAGUAACAACUCUGUGCAAGCGAACAGCCUCAAAGACCUGCUCCAGAGUAAGAUCGACGACCUGGAGAAGCAGGUGUUGUCCCGGGUGAACAGCAUCGAGGAGGGGAAGCCCGGACUCCGGAAUGAGACAGAGCAGCGAGGCAGAGUGGAGUCCACCCUCACAUCUCUACACCAGAGGAUCACAGACCUGGAGAAAGGUCAAAGAGAAAACAGGCCUCUGGAUAAAUUCCAGCUCACCUUCCCGCUGAGAACCAACUACAUGUACGCCAAAGUGAAGAAGAGCUUGCCGGAGAUGUACGCCCUCACCGUGUGCAUGUGGCUCAAGUCCAAUGCGUCUCCGGGAGUGGGCACACCUUUCUCCUACGCAGUCCCGGGUCAAGCCAACGAGUUGGUCCUCAUAGAGUGGGGCAACAACCCGAUGGAGAUACUAAUAAACGACAAGGUUGCUAAGCUGCCUUUCCUUAUCAAUGAUGGGAAGUGGCAUCACAUCUGCGUGACCUGGACCACUCGAGAUGGUGUUUGGGAAGCUUUCCAGGAUGGCGUCAAGAGGGGGAGCGGAGAGAAUCUGGCUCCAUACCAUCCCAUCAAACCACAGGGCCUGCUGAUCCUCGGCCAAGAGCAGGACACGCUCGGAGGAGGAUUCGACGCCACGCAAGCUUUCGUAGGAGACCUGGCAAACUUCCACAUCUGGGAUCGGAAACUAUCCGUCGGAGAGAUAUACAAUCUGGCGACAUGCAGCAGCAAAGCGCAAGUUGGCAACGUUUUCGCGUGGAUGGAGACGAGCCUUGACAUUUACGGAGGCGCCUCGAAGUGGACAUUCGAAGCUUGCCGCCAGCUCAACUGAACUGCAGGGAAAGAGGAGAUCAAUGCAUUUGUUAGAGCCACUCUGUUGUCACAGCAUCGGUAAACUGAUUUGAAAGAUCAGGAGCAUUUCAGUGAAUAGCAUCUGGAUUUGUUAUAGAUAUUUGAAAACAUCAUUUGUGGACACUUGAUAGAUUUUUACCAUGUGGGACAGGUCACUGCAAAUGGACACUUUUAGCAUCCUGGGGGUGCUUGAAUGCACCAUCAGGCCUACUUGUGGUGGUUUGGAAGAAGUAGCCGAUGUCGCUCCGGAGAGCAGAGGAUGCUCUCGGAGACCCAAAAUGUCAGGCCAGCGUCAGAAGUACAGUAGGAGGUUGUGUAGUUUUUAGCCAACAGAUGUCACGCAAUUCAACAAAACGACUCUUCAAAACGUCUUUUCUGUCUCGACUGCCAGGGAUUUUCACUGUGAAAAAGGACAAGGUGGACUUCUUUAAAAGGAAUGAGCUCUUCAAGAGGUCAUGAAAUAGACGACGUUGUUUCUCUCUCACUAUUCUUUCUCUGCCACCACCUGCUUGACGUGAAUUUGUGUAAAAGAAUGACGUAUUUAUUGCCAACAUUCGAGCCUGAGUGCCUUGGGCUGUUGAAAAAAGAAAUCUCAGCACAUUCAUUAUGAUUUGCAGAGUGUUUGUGUUUAUUUUUCCUGUAAAUUGAUUUUGAAAAGAAGCAGUGUUUCUUGUAACACUUCUGAAUGAGUUUGGAUCAGAUCGUUUAUUGUAAAAUGCAACUCAUUGAUGAUAAUGACGCAUUUUGCAGAUGUUUGUACUUCAGUGGGAAUGUUCUCUGUACAGUAACAGCAUGUCUUAACUUCUGUAAAUGCUGCGUCAGCAUCUAUGAUCUUUGCUUUUACUAUCCGACUUUUGGGUUGAGAUUUUAUACUGUAUUGUUAUAUGCUUAAAGCAUGGCAACACGGACAGAUGAAAAAAAGUUCUAGUUUUUGUAAUAAAUUGUGAUACUUGAAUCAUA